GAUAGCUACAUGUGGCGAUAAACACAAGCUAAAAUGUGGCUAGGCCUUUGGGUGCCAAUGUGAACUCUUGAAUGAAUGAAGUUUCUGGAAUUAAAAAGAAAAAUCUAAUUUCUGUGACUACCUAAGUGGAGUUUUUCCUGUUACUCUGCUGAGUUCCUUCAAACUGAAGAACUAUGGAUUUAUUCUGGUUGAUCUAGUGACAAUUUCCUUGUAACUGUUUUACUUAUGGUGAAGAAUGGAGGAUUCAAGAACAACAAGCUUAAAAGAUACAUACAGCAAUUGAGAAAUAACAGAAAUAAUUCUUAAUACUACUACUUCUUCUGAAAUAGUGAUGUUUCAAUUCUCCUGACAUUGAGCCCGUUUCUGAAAAUGAGAUUGGAUACAAUUGGCCUUCUCAGCUUCUUCUGGCACCUGACAGGUGCAAUUCUGGAUAUCUCUCUGGUGGCCAAUGUUCUGAGUCCCUCACACAACCACUUCUACCUGUCCUGUGUGACAGGCGAGCGGAACAUCAGCCUCCAGAUUGACAGAGACAAUGCCAUGAUCAAGACCACAUCCAAGUUCCAGAUAUACAGGAACAGCAGCAAGGAAGUGCAUAUGCGAGGUUUUUCCCGAGCAGGCCUCGUGGGCAUCACAUAUUGCCUGGGGAAGACACAGUCAGAGCAAACUAGAGUUGUUUAUGUACACAACGACAUUAACGCCAACCUGGUCCCAGAGAAAGUAACCCACACAAUCAGUCUUUCCCAAUCAGCCAUACUGGUUGCCAGGAUAAAGAAUGGGAAGAAAACAGACAUCUGGUGGAAAAGGAAUGGGACUUACUACGACACAAUGCACCAGGGUGAGUUAAAGGAGAAUAAGUCCAUUCUGGUCCUGUCAACUGUUACCAUGGCUGAUGGUGGGAUUUACAGCGCCACAUUUAUAGAGGACAGCCCUUUGUCAAGUGCCUUUUUCAGACUGAUUGUGCGAGGUUGUGCAGCCAAGAAAUGGGGCUCAUUUUGUGACAAAGACUGUCCUGAUUGUCUGAAUGGAGGCAUCUGCCAUCACAUUGUGGGAGAAUGUAUCUGUCCUCCGGGAUUCAUGGGUACCCGCUGUGAAAAAGUGGAUAAUGAAGGAUGA